AUGGCUGGACUGACGUCGAGAAACCAAGCCAGUCAUGCUCACACAACGCAACGCUUGAGCCGCAACGCCUCAGCCCCUCCAACUGCACGCACCUGCACCUGCACCUGCACCCUCCGCCUUCCCUCUUCCCACCUUCCACCUUCCACCUUCCACCUUUCGCCAUCCACCUAUUCUUGCGGCGCACCUUGCACGUGUCAACUCGCCUGGCACUGUGGACGCGCUGCCUUGUUAUCAUCAUCAUUCAUCAUCAUCGUCAUCGUCAUCUUUAGCAUACACACUAGACCUAAGUCGUACUUUCUACCUAGAUUGUACGCCACCAACAACACACCACCAACAAAAGCAUCCCUCCCCCACCCCACCCCUGCCGUCAUCAUGAGCGGCAUGCGGGCCCACAUAGCCAGCCGUAUGCGCAGUGCCUCGCUCUCGGCUGUUCCUCCACCACGCCAGAGCUCCGACUACUCGCGCGAGCUUGCCAGAAUCGCGACAUCUGUCUUGUACCGCUCGCCGCUUCCCUCGAAAGAAGGCCGGCCCGUCUUCAUCCUCAACGCCGCUGCCCUCCCCGACUCACGCGAGGCCGACUUCGACAAACUCCUUCCCUAUGUCCUUGCACGCCUGCCCGAGGAAGACGACCUCCUUAAGGGCUUCGAGUACGAGGUCAUCUUCUUUGCAGGCGACGGGGAUGGCUCUGCGACCACCAAGAAGCACAGGCCAAGCUGGGGGUGGUUCCUCCAGGCAUACCACGUUCUGUCACGGGCGAUGCGUAAGAGGCUCCAGAAAUUGUAUAUUGUACACGAGAAGGCGUGGGUGCGCAUCUUGACCGAGAUCUUCUCCACCAUUGUCAGCCCAAAGUUUAGGCGGAAGACGUAUCAUUCACGUGAGAUACCCAUAACCGACUUACUCAUACCACCGUCGACCUAUCUUACCGACCGUCGGAUAACUGAAGACAUCUUCGUGGCCGGUGCAAGCGGUAAACGAGCAUUCGGUGCCCGCAAUUACUUCCCCACCAGCAGCAAUGGCAGCACCCGCUUUCCCCGUGUCCUGCGCGAGACCACAAGCUUCAUACUGAUGGAGAACAACAUCAUCACCGAAGGUCUCUUCCGAGUACCCCCACACUCAAAACUUCGCGACUGUCUGAAGGAGGCGUACGACAGAGGCCAAAAGUACAUUGUCUGGAAGGACAACGACUGCUUGCUACCUACCCCACCCUACCCACGCGCUGAACACCAGGACGAAAUCCUGGCAGAGGUGGUGCCGACAGACGCUUACUCUGUCUUCAUGGCUUGUGCGCUGAUCAAGGCAUGGUAUGCUUCGUUGCGCCAACCCAUCUUCUCGAUAGAAUCCUAUCGUGACCUCAAGCGACUCUAUGGAGAUUCUCAGGAUAUUCUGGAUCUGGCCCGGCUCAAAGACCUCUUCUCUCCAUCUUCGGAGUGGUCCCUACUGUCUGGCGCAUCUCGCGAGAUUGUUGUCAGGCAUCUUUUGCCAUUGCUUAGUGCUAUAGCGGCUCGAAAAGAUGAAAAUAAAAUGACGGCGGAGAACUUGGCUGUGUGCUUUGCGCCAGGACUUUUGUGUGGGCCUGACCAGUUGGAGGACGCAAAGAUGUCUUCCAUUAUCCGGCGGAUCUUCACGCAGGCUAUUGACAUGUGGACACAAGGGCUCCGUGAGGCGUGUGGGCAGACUGAAGAAGCUUUCUAUGCCGAGCUGAAGCUACCAAAAGAUGAAAAUGAUUGGGAAGACCCCAUACCGAAGAAGCUGAGUUCAGUGGAUAGCUGGGACUCACUGGAAGAGCAGACCAGGGGUAUUACCCUUGAAGAUAAUGAGAAGCUACCGACUUAUCCGGAUCUACCCCAAGAAGACACCGAAGCACCACCUCCACUACCACCACGCACCCAAGCGCCCUCGACACAAUCUUCCUUCGAAUCCGCUAAGCGAAAGCCAGCCCCAGCCCUUCAGGUGCCUCCCCGAUACUCUACCGUCAUCUCCGACGCGCCAGAAAACAUUGCAGAUUCUCCUCUUACGUACGCGGCGACAACGGAUGGUUUUGCCCCCGGCCAACCAAACAACAAUGUAGUCCCACCACUCCCACCGCGCUGGGGUACCGAUGAGAAGAACUCUGGUACGAAUAACCCAGUUUCUGUUUCCGCUCCUAUCCCAUACCAUUCGCAGAGCAGUGAUGCACCAAGCCCUGCAAACCCUCUAGCGCCUAGACUCAACAUUCCAAAGCGCAAGAUCCUGACCGCAACGCAGAUUGACAACGUUGAGAAGUCUGUAGUAGCGCAGGAUGAGGUGCGUCAUGUGUCGCCAGGAGCGGCUCAAACACCACAGGGGGGCUUCGCCUUGCCAGGGUUGACGAGUCGGCCAAGUAGUACCACGGGCAUGAAAAGGACAACUCCUUCGACAUAUGCACCGAGCGAGGCAUCUAACUCGCCAACGAGUGCCGUGUCUGCCCCCGCGUAUGAUGGGGGGUUUCGAAGACCAAGCAUACCAUCAAGUUCGAAUGUGAAUCGGAGUCCUAGCUUCAGCUCACUGGCCCGUCCGGUCUAUCCUCCGCCACCUCAGCUUCCCACCAUUCGACAGACGCCAGCCAAGCCGUCGGGCCUGUCUCAUUCCAAUUCGAGCUCGAGCCCUACUCCGACGGGGCCUAGACUGCGUGCGCCCAGUGCGGCACUGUUGUCGCGGAUGCCGAGUUUCGAAAAGAGCCAGGCGAAGGAGGAUGAGAGUUGCCGUGUCGUGGGCCGGACGCUGGCGCCCAAGAAGUUGAAUUUGAAGAAGCAAUCGGUGGAGGAUUUGAGGCGGUUGUAUGAGGAGCGGGCGGGGACGGCGAGUGCGUUGGUGGAAAUGGGGAGGCAGCGGUGA